AAGGAGAAAAAAAGGAAGGGGUGAAGGUAAUGUAGUCACAGAAAAUAAGGGUUUUUUGUAAAUUAAAAGUAAAUCGAUGCAUACACCAUGUGGACUCUUGCUGUUAUAAUCGCUUUCAUUCUUACAUUAGUUUCACCUCAAUGGACAAUUGCUUCACCAUGUAGUGAACAAAAUAUGAAAGACUGCGAAUUGGAAGCUAUGUACUUUUUGCAUUCGGUCAAUGAAUCAGAAAAUGGAUACAAUAUCUUCUGUGACAAUCUGAAGAACAGCACCAGAUGUCCAUUGGAUGUGGACGAACACUGCAAGAAACAAUAUCCAACAGCUUCUGCUACGUACAUUAAAUUCUUUCAAGAAAUGGUUGUAUGGUGUAAUAGAAGUUCACCUGAUAGAAAAGCUUGGUUCAAAGUAGCUUUCUGCGCCAGAAAACAUCCAAGAGAAUUUAACAAGUGCUAUAAAAUGAAGUAUAAAUGGUUAAGUAAUGGAACAUUUGAUUGCAAAUAUUGGCAUUUUGUUUCUUGUUGGUCUCACCAAGUUUCACUGAAUUGUGGAGAGGAAGCAGCAGAACUGUCAAAAUAUAUUGAUGAUUCCAUACCAGAUUUGUUUGAAGAGAGUUGUAAAGGAUGCACCGGCAUCAUUAGCAACUACUGGAUUCUGAACUUAUUAGCUAUCUUUUCCCUUAUUCUGAGACCCAAGAUUGAACAUUUGAUUAUUGGAAAUACAGGAUGUUUGAAAACUUAACAAAAAUAGAUGGAUGAUUGAUAGAUAAAUAGGUGAUAAAUAAUUAGAUGUAUAGAUAAUAAUCGAUGAUAAGUAAAAUAAGUUGUCUUAAAAGCAAUUGCGUUUCUUCGACAGGAAUCUAACAAUAUUAAAAAGGAUAUUUCUACAAAAAAGUGCUAUUAACAUUUGAUAAAAAUUACAUCAUUCGCUAUAGGAUAU